CCUUUUUACUAUCUUAUGCAAUUGCAGAUAUUUAUCUCAUGUUAUGUUGUUUCUGAUUAUACCAGUCUCAGGAUGAACGUCAUACUAUUAUUAUCACUUAUGAAUAUAAUUCCGUUGAUCCAAGCAGAAACGUCUGAAGUCUACCUCUUCAAUCUACUUGAUGGGGGAAGAACUGGUUAUGUUUCUGUAUCGGAUGUGGACAGAGUCAACAAAGUCAAGGAAAAAAUUAUAGGAAAGGGGAGUGCUGUUGAAGCUUUAAAGGAAGCUAUCAGUAAAUAUGAGAAUGAACGUGUUUGCAGAUCAGAAUUUGACGAAAUUGUGCAAGGGAUUUCUGGAAUGAAGAAAGAACCCUAAUUUCCAUGUGCAUCCUCACAGAUCGAGAUCACAAGCCAAAAA